AGGGAAGAAAGCCACAACGGUAGGCUGUCCCAUUCAAUUGCUCUGCCGUGAUGACGUCAGAGGGCAUGUGACCCAGGCUCUCCAGUGACGGCACAUGGAGGGCAGGAAAGAGACGAGUUUUAAAGCUGGUGCCUUUUGGGUUGUGUGAGGGCUCUGCUCGCCUCCCAAACAACCACAGAACCACAGACGUGCGGCUCGGGGUUGGUGUUUGAGGGCGACCUGGAGUGUAAAUGGUUAAUCGUCGCGGGCCAGCACCAGUCACAAGGACGGCGCUAAGCGAGACGUGUCAAGGGUCACGGAAACCACAGAGGAACAAAAGUGGGGCUUGCUGCAACCAGAGGCAGCUAUGGCAUCUAACAGCCUUUUCAGCACAGUGACACCAUGUCAACAAAACUUCUUCUGGGAUCCCAGCGCCAGCCGGAGGUUCAGUCCGCCGUCCAACAGCCUCCAGCCGGUCCCAGGGAAGAUGAACGAUGUGAGCUCCCCGGCCGGGCAGCCGGACGCGGCGGCGGUGCCGAGACUGCGUCCCCACGAGAACCGCAGCAUGGCCGAGAUCAUCGCCGACCACCCGGCCGAGCUGGUGCGCACAGACAGCCCCAACUUUCUGUGCUCGGUCCUGCCCUCCCACUGGCGGUGCAACAAGACGCUGCCUGUCGCCUUCAAGGUGGUCGCCCUGGGAGACAUACCUGAUGGGACUGUUGUCACGGUAAUGGCAGGGAACGAUGAGAACUACUCUGCCGAGCUGCGGAAUGCCUCAGGUGUGAUGAAGAACCAGGUUGCGCGUUUCAACGACCUCCGCUUCGUGGGCCGCAGCGGCAGAGGCAAGAGCUUCAUGCUGACAAUCACAGUAUUCACUAACCCACCACAAGUGGCCACUUACCACCGAGCCAUAAAGGUCACCGUGGACGGACCGCGUGAGCCCAGGAGGCAUCGUCAAAAGCUGGAGGACCCUCCCAAGGCGGGCCUCUUCUCUGACCGCCUCAGCGAGCUGGAAAGGAUGAGGGUGAGGGUCACUGUGCCUACGCAGGCCCCUCGGCCAACUCUCAACACAGGGGCCAACUCCUUCAACCCGCAGGGUCAGACGCAGAUAACAGGUGAGCGCGCCAACGUCAACUUUAACCACAUGCUCAAACAGGACUGGGUUCAGAAACCAUUACAGCAAACAUCCACACUGUUCAGUCUACUUGCUCAUUGUUCUGUGAACUCUGACCUCUGA